GGAGUUGGCAUCGCAUGCGUGUACAUGCCUUUUAUGCUCGUGGUAAAUGACUUUUACCCUGAUAGGUUCGUCCUAAUAAAUACCAUAUCUCUGUACGGCUAUACCGCUGGGACAAUGCUCCUACCAUUGAUCACUGAACAGUCACUGGAAGCCUACGGGUAUGAGGGAACGUUCCUAAUCUUAGGAGGGAUAACCCUGCACCUGAUCGUGUGUGCAGUAGCCAUACGAGAACCCAUCUUGAGGAACCCCUGUGCAAGAUUCUAUCAAGUUCAAGGAGAUGGGUCGGGUCCAUCUGAUGUGCAGGAUAAGGAAAGGGUUAGACGUAAUGAAUUGGAGAAUCAUUUCCAGACAUGCAGCAGGCAGAAGAAAGACCAAACAGGCACGACGGGUGGGAAUUCAUCAGCAACAUCAUAUGCUGCAGUUACACGAUGCGCAUCAAUAACGCGUUCUUCUUUUGAAGAGAUAGACAGAGGUGAACAAGAUCUUGGCAUUGAGACUGAGAUAGGAACUGCGGAAAGUUUACCACUUAUCGAUGGCAACCCCAACCUCCAUACCGAUACCCCGCGAAACGUACUUGGGGAAGAAAAGGAGUCAUCUCUAAGGCACGAGUCUGGCUGGAAGUCACUUCUGUUUCAGGAACCGUUGUUCUGGUUCAAUCUCCUAACCAUUUUCCUCUUCGCCUAUGCCUACUACUCUUGGAUGUUUUUCCUGGUACCCCAUGCAGAACAACUUGGUUUCGAACAAUCUCGAGCCGUUUUCCUCUCAUCAAUCGCCGGUAUUGGUGGUAUCAUUGGAAGGACAGUAUUCAUCAUCCUGGUCACCAAAGACGUCAAUGCCUUCUACAUCUAUAUCGUUGCUGGAAUCCCAAUCACCAUAUCAUUUCUCUUGGAUUUUAUCGGGUCAGAUUAUUCGACAAGGGCUGGAUUAGCAUUUGUCCAAGGGCUCUUCUUUUUCGUAGAAGAUUCUUUGUUUUUUGCCGUUCUGAAGGAAACCCUGGUAGACCAAGAUAACUUCAGCCUUGCCAUUGGACUUGUUUCGUUCUUUUUCGGAUUCGGUGCGUCAGCAGCCGGAUACAUCUCAGGAUCUCUGUUUGACUUAACCCAGUCGUACACAAAAGUCUUCAUCAUCAUUGGCAUCGUACACGCAAUCGUAGUCGUCCAAGUCAUCAUUACAACGGCCUGCCUGAGAAAGCGAAAGAACAGCAUUAAGGAUCACUGAGAACAACUUUUAUUGAGUGUCAAGCCAAUAGAAAACUGAUGAACACUACUCUUCAAAGAGGUUAGAUGUUAAAGGGGGUUGUGGUAAAGUAUACGUGGAGUAAGGAAAAAUAUAACUUUGAAACAUAUUCUGCAACUUUUAUCAAUCUUAGAAGUCACACUGUUGUGACAAAAAAGGGCAGUGUAUAUAUUUUCUUCAUAUUGAAACAAAAUAAAAUAUCGCACACGAACGCAGGUACUAGAUCGCUUUAUGACGUCAUAUGUGAAGGAUAUGCUUGGGGUCAAGAUACAUAUUUGUUUGACGUCAAGGAAAGCGUAAAUCGUUUUCGACUCUGGAGAAUUUGCAAUUUGGAAGGAGACGUGAAUUGAUAUUGGAUACAGUUUCACUGCGAAUGUCUGAUUGAAAUACAUUCCACCAUACACAUAUUUUUUUUCUCCAAAUUUAAUCUUAUAUAAGCAGGACGAAAGACGUUUUAAUCAAAUAGGCUAUAGAUUCAGUUUAUGCCGUACAAAUAAAACCAAAAUAAUGAUGUAUGAUAUUCAUAAUAAUAUUAUAAGAAACGCAGUAAAAAAAAAGAGUCACACAUCUCGCAAAACAGAUUUAUUUAGUAAUCUCUAAAUUCUAGCCACUUGUUUUAUGCUAAUAGUUCUUGAAAUGUCACGGAGAGCUGUUACAUGGGCCAUUUUGUACUUUAAAACAAUUAAAUUGGGUGUGUUUAAUUUAUCAAGUAAUAUCAUAAAAGCUAUUGAUGGAGACAAGUAUUGUAUGGGGAUAUUCUUACACCAAUCUAAGGCGUUUGAUACCAUUGACCAUGGUAUCCUCCUCAGGAAACUAGAGCAUUAUGGAAUACGUGGUGUAGCAUUGUCUUGGUUCCAAAACUAUUUCUUUUGACAGGACUCAAUUUGUUGUGGUGGAUGGUACUAGUUCCCAACUUGCUUCUAUCAAAUAUGGUGUACCUCAGGGUUCUGUUCUUGGUCCCCUGUUGUUUUUAAUCUAUAUAAAUGAUAUAAAACACUCAUCAACAUUAUUCUCAUACUCACUGUUUGCUGAUGAUACCAGCUUGCUGCUGGUUGAUAAGAAGGCUGAAGAUUUAUUACUAAUUGCGAAUCAAGAGAUUCAGAAUCUGUAUGCAUGGUAUUGUUGUAAUAAGUUAUUGUUGAAUGUUCAAAAGAUCAAAUGUGUUAUUUUUCGCUAAAAGGAUAAGCUUCCAGAUGGUAUUAGUUUUCUUCAUGUUGGAGGCCAUGAUGUUGCGCUUAGUGAAAAUGUUCAGUUCUUAGGGUUAACUAUGGAUGAGCAUUUAUUUUGGAAGAAUCAUUUAGAUGUUGUAUGCACUAAGUUGUCCCGAAGUGUAGGUGUCAUUUUUAGAUUGAAAUUUAUUUUCCUUGA